CCAGACAGAUGUGCUGAGGCUUUAGAAAGUGCUUUUUAUUUGGCUGGGAGAUUGUGAAUAAAUGCGAGAGAGGCUGCACAUCUGACAGACUGUAGAGGCGACUCAUGGCUGAACCGGAACAGGACAUCAGGGAGAAGCCAGCAGUCAGAAUUCAGAGCCCCAAAGAAAAUGACUUCAUUGAAAUUAAACUGAAGAGACAAGAACUGAGUUACCAAAAUUUACUAAAAGUGAGUUGCUGUGAACUGGGGAUUAACCCAGAGCAAGUGGAGAAGAUCAGAAAGCUACCAAACACCCUGCUCAGAAAGGACCAAGACAUUCGAAGACUGCGGGACUUUCAGGAAGUAGAACUCAUUUUAAUGAAAAAUGGAAGCUCUGAAUUGACAAGAGUAUAUACCAUCUCUGACAGAAAGACCCUGCUACAAUAGCAAAGCUGCAAAAAUGACUUAUUAAAUCAUCCCAGGAAUGGCCAGGAAUGGUGGCUCACACCUGUAAUCCCAGCACUUUAGGAAGCCAAGGCAGGUGAAGCACCUGAAGUCAAGAGUUAUAGACCAGCCUGGCUAACAUAGUGAAACCCCCAUCUCUACUAAAAAUACAAAUAUUAACUGGGUUUGGUGGCACACACCUGUAGUCCCAGU